GUGUUCCAUAUAAGCAAACAAAAAGUGUAAACCUCUUUGCGGCAAGAGUUUUAGCAAACGGGAAAAAGAAAUAUGGAAGAUCAGAAAAAGCCACCAUCGACUGAGCAAGAAGUUAAAGACGACGUUGAGUCCAUCAAGAGCCCAUACUUGAACUAUGAUAACUUGGAAGAUUACAAGAUGAAAGGUUAUGGAGCUCACGGCCACCAAGAGCCUAAGCUUGGCAUGGGAGGUGGAGCCACCGAUGCUCCUACUCCUUCAGGUGGUGUAGGCCGUGGCGGAGGUGCUGCAUCGACGGAUCUUUCCUCCACCGGUGCUAUUAACCGUCAGGGAGUUCCGUGAGAUCUUUAACAAACACAAAAAUGUAGCUUAGCUUGUUCAAUAUAUAACAUCGUUUUGUUUAACGUGUUUUAUGUUAAUAAGUUUAUUUUCGUGGAGAGCUAAAUGCUAAAUAAUUGUCAUGUCUGAAAAGUGAAAAUAAAUACUCGAUAUCUUGAAUCCUAUAAUGUUUAUCCAAAAAUGUUUUGAAUCUUAUUGUAAUACAUCAUCAAAUGAUAAUUUUAAUAUCUGUUUCUGA